GCCGGUUUCUCGAUGGAAUCAUUGGAAUCUCGACCUCAGUCUCGACAUCCGAUUCGUUGCAACAACCGACGUUUCGGACCGCCGCACGUCAUCCGUCGCCGGAGAUCGUCGUCGCGACGGCCGUCCGAAUAAUGUAAACAUUGUCCGAUUUUUACGAAAGUUUUUCGAGUUGCAAAUAAGAUUUUUGUUUUGGUGGAUUUUUUUGAAAGUUUGCGUUGAUGAUUUUUGAAUGGAUUGUUUACAUUUUUGAGGAGUUAAGCUGGACAUAGGUAAACCACCAAAUACAACCAGAAAAUGUGAACUUUACAAAAAGAGAAACUAAAUAGUUUGAAAUUCUCAUGGCAACUAACAUAGUAACCGAAUGGCUAAUAUCCCUGCGCCUGGGAAAGUACUCGGAAAGUUUCAUCGACAACGGCUACGACGACCUGGAAAUCUGCAAGCAAAUCGGCGAUCCAGAUUUGGACGCGAUCGGCGUCUUCAAUCCGUCUCAUCGCGCGCGUCUACUCCAAAGCGUCCGGACGCUACGCGAAGAAGGCGCAGCCAGCGUCUAUUUUAGCCUGGAAGAAGCUGAAAAGAGUACUUCCGCUGGGGGUGGAGGUGGCGACGAGGAACCUUCGUUUCCUAUCGAACAACAUUUUUUAAGUGAGCCAGAUAGACACAGUAAUGGUUCGCGGGCUUCGGGUAGUGAUAAGGCACCGAGUGCCCCUAUGGAAGAGGUUGCCAGGUAUUUGGACGAGUACGAAGAAGGGAAGGCGGAGUUGGUUAAAAUACCAAGAAUGCAACUGAAGGGGUUGCUGAAAGAAAACCUGGCGCAGGACGGAGUGAAGUUGAGCUUGCAACCUUAUUCAAAUCAGGAUGGCGAAAGAGGUUACCUCGAAGGUCUAGCUUCACGCUACGCCGAUCUUUUCUCAACUCAUUACGGAGAUGUCCUGGGACAUCUUGAAGACCUGCGCAAAGCCGACAUCGUAGAAACUUUAGUAAAAGAACGACAACAAGUGAACACACCUGAAACCAGUAGUCCGAUUUGCAACAACGUCGUGCAAGGCAUGACAACGUCGCUUAGCCAACCAAUUUAUGUUCCUGGGAAAUAUUUACCUUCGAGUUGUUUAUCACACAAAGAUGAAGAUGAAAUUUAUGGUUUUACUGGUGCCGUUUUUAAACCAACUCAAAUUCCACUUCCUCAGCCACCUCAAAGAGUUGUAGGGGCCCAUAUGACUCAACCUUUAUUAUCGCAACAGCAGCAUAAUUAUCAAACGUGCUUGAGUCCCAGAUCGGCUUACUUCUACGAAUUUCCACCGAACGAACAAGGCUACGCCAAUACAACGAAAAAGAAGAACACAUUUUCUAGGAUUCAAAGGAUAUUUAAAACGUCGCAUAGAAAAGAAAAACACGGCGCCAGUUCUCCUAGGCAUGGUCGGGCUACCACUACCAAAGGGGUUCCACAAAGGGUUGAUACCCCAGAUAGUGUCCUGCAGUCGGGUCUAGGGCUAACCGACUUAAAUCAACAUGCAAUACUACGAUCGAUGGUGGAUCCUAUGGAUUAUGACAGGCUGAGACAUCUACAAAUGAAUGGCGGUGCUCCUAGUUCAUUUGAAGAAACUAUUUAUAAGCUCAAGGUCCAGGAGGCACUCAGGAAGCGAGAGAAAUUCACCAAGGAACACGAGGAGAUUCUACGAGAUAUAAAACAGGGUUUACUACAGUUAGGAAAAGAAGGUAUUAGAGGUCCAAUGACUACAACAGAUGAUACAUAUAUGUACGAUGAUGACAUAAGAAUGUUAGCUCCAGCGGGUGUAGCGCAUCCUCACGAUCCUCGAUUAGGUCACUGGUACGAUGAACCGCCGUACGAAAGUGAUCCGGAAGAUUUUUUAAUGGGAGGAGGCGGACAGGCGACAAUACAGAACGGUCGAGUGUGUUUUACACUGAACGUACGUCCAGAGCAAAAAAAUGGCGAGGGAGUGAUAUCCUUACGGAGUGCAGGUGACAUUUCUCUACCUACCGCACAUUGUCAAACCCCUAGAAGAGGUCUGAUUUUGCCUAGAGAGGCUGGAUAUCCACCAACAAUCAUUCCAUUAAGGUCUUCCAAAGAAAGAGAAAGCGGAGAUUAUGCAAGCUCUGACGUCCAAAGCGUCAGUUCUAGAUUAUCUACACUGUCCAUGGACACAAGUAGAUCUGAACUACUUGAGAUGACUAGUAUGAUAUCUCCACAGUAUUAUACUCCAUUGGAGACUAACAAAAAUAGGCAUUUCAGGCGAAACCCCAAUUAUCCAAGAAGUGAAGACGGCCUGUCACCGGGUCAAAGUUCAGAUUACGAAGAUCAAGAUGAGUUCAGUAACUGUAGUCAGCAACAAGUCGCUACCGUCCAUGUGUCCAGCGAUGGAAGAUCUUCCGGUGUUGCCGGCUUAGUAGGAAAAGUACGAGGCCUGAGAGAGGACGUCCAACGAAAAAUAUCGAGGCUGAAAGGUGAAGAACAACGAGCUAAUCACGAACAAACUUUGACGUUUUCGGCUAGUUCGGUUGAGAGUUUGCCCAGUGGAUCUGGAUCGAGUACACAAGCAUUGGUUAGAGCAGGUAGUAACCACAGUUCAAUAUCGACAGAAGAAGUCGACCCAAGUCCUACAGAAAUCGUGGGACGUUGUAGAGCUUUAAUCGAUCAAAAUCCUGGUCCAUACGAUAAAGAGACUUUAAAAUUUAAGACUGGUGAUAUAAUCGAUAUAGUCUCCAUGAACCCAUCGGGACAAUGGAAGGGCGUAUCACAUGGGAAAAAAGGCACAUUCAAGUUCAUGAACGUAGAACUUUUAAGCGAGAGAACGGUGAAACACAAAAAAGAUCAAAACUGGUUUAGAAACUUCAAAACACGGCCUGUGUCUGUUGAGGAUCUGCUUCAAAAAAUUGGCUUAGCCGAAUAUAUUUCUGUGUUUGUUUUAAAUGGCUACGAAGAUUUGGAGUUAUUCAAAGAAAUUGAGCCCUCUGACAUGGAUUAUUUGGGAAUUGUCAAUGGAGACCAUAGAGCUAAGAUACUAGCUGCAGUCCAGUGGCUUCAUGAACUUGAUUCUGGCAGCGACGUGGACAUCGCAGGUUCUAGUAGUGAAAACGACGACCAAAGACAACAACGCGCCCCAUUCGAGAGACGAAAUUUAUCGCGAGACUCCGGUUGUUAUGACGGUCAUAAGAGGACGCACACGUCACCUCAAUCCGACGCGAGCGACAUAGACAAAAACAACUUAGAUUCCGUGGUAGAGCAAUGCAACAACGAAAUACUGGCGAGGGUAGGUACGGCAAGCCCAAAAAAAUCAUCUCAAAGGCGAACCCAUCUACGAUUUGACUGUUCCACAGUUGGAGCGCAAAACAAAAGACUCUUAUGUAACGAUGCACGGUCAAACGUCAUUGGUCGAACCCUCCAAGAAGAAUGUGUUGAGUAGGAAGAAGAUUGGUGAGGAAUAUUGCGAGGCUGAUCAAAAAUUUACUUCUGUAAAAUACGUUGUCAACUCGGAUCUCACCGAUCAAGUAUCCCUGAAUCUUCUAGGUAAAGGUUGUCUAAGCGAAAAAUCAAGUGAUAGCGGUGUGAGCAGCAGCUCUUUGUCUUCCACACUGAAAGAUAGAGAUAAUCGACCGAUAGGAAGUUUUCAGCAUUUGGAACGAAGCAAUAUCUGUGCCAACAUGUCCACGACUGCCAAUAAACGAACAUAAUCAAAAAAAAAAAAAAAAACGUUGUUAGGGAAAUUUGAAAAUUAUUAAUUGUUAGAUUUAGGGUUUUUUGAGACAGAGAUAUUUCUUGAAAAUUUAAUCUAAUUGAUUAAAGUUUCUAGAAAGCAAUUUAUUUAUUAAUUUGAUAAAUGUUAUAAAAAAAAAACUAUUCGUGAUAGAAAACAAAAUACAUUUUAGAUCUGCUUAAAAGAAAUUUAUUUUCCAAAACACAUAAAAGAAUUACACAAAUAAAUAAAACUAUACUUAUGUAUUUCUUCUAAGCACACGCAAAAAAUGUAUUUCUGUAGAUAAAAAAAAUGUAAAACUGUUUGUAAAUUAUGUAAAAAAAAAAUUAUAAUGUUUAUGGCUAGUCUUCAAUUCUAAAAGAAAAGUUUUCUGUAAACACUAUUUAAGUACCUAUGCUUUUUGGCCUUUCCUUUCUCAAUCAAAAAUCUCUAUAAUAUAGUUGACUGAAAAAAUGUUGUUAAUAAAUAGUUAAUAAAAUAACGGACAAUGUAUAAAAAUAAAAUAAAUAUAAUAAGUAUAAAAAGAGGCAGUUGAUUUGUCAUUGAAUAUUUUGUAUUAAUUUUCUGAUUCUAAAUUGAAUAGUUCCAUAAAAAUAUCAAAUAAAUCUACUUUUGACAGAGUUAUAAAAUUAAAAAUUGAAUAAAUAAAUGUUGACAAAAUUUAUAAUUUUUUCACUCUGUUAAAUGGAACCAAUAUCGAAAUGUAAUAAGCAUUAAGAUCGCUAAGUGUCAGUCAAUAAAAUAAUUAGAUGAUUUAAUAAAUAAAUUGGAAAU